AUGGCUGCUAAAGACGUUGAAAGUGGCAUUGAACUCUCCGAUGAAUCACCCGAAAUAUCUUCUUCCACUUCUGAAGAAGAUGCAUACUUUGAAACCACUGAUGUAGUUGGUAAUGAUAAAUCACCAAACUCCAUCCGUAAGUUUUUACGAACAAUUUUAUUCCGAGCAGCCAUUCCACAAAUUAUGAAGGGCAGAAAGGGAAAUUUGACAAUCAAAGACAUGAAUCCCGUUUCAAGAAGACUGAACGUUGAGAACGAAGUCAAUUUUUAUGUUGAUGCUUGGAACAAGGAACUUAAAACAAAGAGACCAUCAAUAUCAUGGGUGAUCUGUAAGAGAGAGUGGAAGUGGUUCCUGAUUAUGUAUAUAUUGACAGUCAUUUUUGACUUGUUUUGUAUCUCAUUCCCAUUGAUGUGCCAGUACUUUACCAAGUGGCUUAACACCGAAAAUCCUUCAAAAGGAAUUGGUGCACUUUUUGUCGUGUUGACGAUUGCAUUCCAAUUGAUUACUUGUACUUCAUCAGAAUUUGCUAAGAAAUAUUACUUCACCACAGCUUUGAGAAUAAGAAAUGGACUGACAGGUCUUAUUUAUGAAAAAGCUUUAAGGCUCAAUGCGGCCGGAAUUGAAGAGCCGGGAAGACUUGUGAACUUGAUGUCAAACGACUCGUAUCUUAUCUUAAACAACAUUGAAACUUUAAUGAUGGGAAUUGCUUCUCCACCAAUGUUCAUUGUAUUGUACUCAUAUUUGGGGACUUAUGUCGGGAAAUGGGUAUAUGUCUCGUUAGUUAUUUUGGCUGUCUACCUUAUUGUCAACUUUAUCUACGGAAAGACAAAUGACUUCUUUUACAACAAAUUUGUUUCGAACAAAGAUUUGAGGUUGUCAUUCUUUAAUGAAAUUUUAAGGAACAUAAAGUUCAUUAAAUACAACAGAUGGGAGAACCCACUUGAAGAAAAGAUCAAGAAAUUCAGAGCUUGGGAAUUGGUUCAUUUGUAUUUCACUGGGUUUUUCAGAGCUUUGUUUUACAUGGUAACCAUUGAUGUCGGACCAAUGAUGGCUAUUUUGAUGUUUGUUGCUAUGGUAUACUCAAAAGUCGAGCUUACCAUUCCACUUGUUGUUACAGUCCUUUCAUUGUUCAAUUCUAUUAGAAUUCCAGUGAGAACAAUUGGUAUGGGUAUGAUGAAUAUCUCAUGUAUUAUUGUUUCGAUGAAAAGAUUGAAAAAAUUCUUGAUGACCCCCGAAUUGGUACCAAUCACAUCAACUGUAAGUAACAGUGAAUAUGCAAUUGAAAUGAGCAGAGUGAAUUAUGCAUAUCCAAACAAUGAAACUGCUUUUGCCUGUGACGAUUUGAAGAUUAAGAAAGGAGAGCUGGUCUGUGUACUUGGUAGUGUAGGCAGUGGUAAAAGUUCUUUCUUGAUGUCCAUUUUGAACGAAUUGGAAAAGACACAAGGAGACACCGUGAUUAAUGGCAAAAUUGCAUACACAAGUCAAACACCUUGGAUGAUGAAUGCGUCAGUUCGAGAAAACGUCUGCUUCUUAACUUCUUAUGACAAGAAACAAUACAAACAAGCUGUUUUCGACGCCUGUUUAGCAUCAGAUAUUGAUUCUUUGGUUGGCGGCGAUGCUUAUGUAAUUGCAGAGAAAGGUGCCAAUUUGUCGGGAGGACAGAGACAAAGAGUCAACAUAGCAAGAACUUUGUACGACCCGAAAGACAUUGUGUUAAUGGACGACCCACUGAGUGCGGUCGACUUUAAUGUGGGUACUUACAUCUUUGAAAAUGCCAUUCAGAAACAUUUGGCAGGAAAAACUCGGAUAGUAGUAACAAAUCAGACGUACUUCUUGGAGAAAGCAGACAGGAUUUUGGUCAUUGAGAACAACCAAAUGGUUUUUAAUGGUUCUUUAGAAGAACUUAAGAAGUCAAAUAUUCCGGCUUCAGAAUAUGUAAAGACUUUAAGCAAAAGAGCACAGAAAGAACAACAAAAAGAAGAAGAAAUUAUCACAGCGGAUGCUUCGGGUACAAAAACACGAGAAGAAACAAAAGAAGUGGGUAGAGUACCACUCAGGGUGUUUUGGGAAUACAUAAAAUCUGGCUCUCUCGUUAUGUUUGUUAUCAUGUGGAUCUGCCUUGCCGGGAGAAUUUGUGCACUCUAUUACUAUAACACUUACUUCACUAAAUGGGCACAAACAAUUCGUCCAAAAAUGGGCGCGCCACAGGGGGAUCAAGCUACUUUCAACAUAUUUGCUUACUGUUUCAUUGGUGAUGUUGUUGGUAUCCUUUUGAGCGAAGAAGCGAUCAUUCUCUUUACAUUGUUUGUUUCACUUGGGUUACACAAGAGACUUAUCCACAAACUGUUGAAGUGUAAAUUGGGGUUCUUUGAUGUGACGCCAAUGGGUAGAAUUGUUAAUUACUUCUCAAAAGAUUUCCAGAAUAUCGAUUAUGGUAUGGGUCUGUGCUGUGAACCACUGAUUGUGAAUAUCACCACUAUUAUCAUUGUAACAAUAACAGUCUGUAGGGCGUCUAUUUACUUAAUUAUUUUGGCAAUUGUUAUAGCCAUCAUUUUUAUUAUCAUUUAUAUGUUCUCCGUCAAGCCAAUCAUUGAAUUGCAAAGACUUGAGGGUAUUACAAGAGCUCCCAUCUUUGUUCACUAUGAUCAAACUCUUUUGGGUUUGUCUACAAUAAGAACAUCAAACGGACAAGAGCAAUUCAAAGAGAAGUUGAUUGAAAAACUGAAGAACAAUACAACGACUAUGUACCUCACUAAAAUGGCAAAACUUUGGAUGGGUCAGCGUAUGGACUGGUUGGGUGUUUUCAUCACUUCAGUCACCGUUUUAGUUCUUGUAAUCACCAAAAUAACCAAAUCAAUGGACCCCUCUGUUGCUGGAACCGCUCUUUCAAAUGUGUGCAACGUUCCAUCCACUGUAAGUGUCUUCACUCAAGCCAUCAUAGAACUCGAGUCAACCAUGCAAUCAACUGAGAGAGUUUUGCAGCUUAAAAAGUUGAAAGAGGAAGAGGCAGAAAGUGUGAAAGACAAGUACCACAAUCCACCAUCAUCAUGGCCGUCAAAUGGUUCUAUUGAAUUCAAUAAAUUCAAGUUUAGAUACAGAAGAGGUCUCCCCGUCGUGUUGAAAGGAAUCACAGCCAAAAUAUUGCCAAAAGAGAAGAUUGGAGUUGUUGGAAGAACUGGAAGCGGGAAGUCCACAUUAAUGGCUGGACUUUUCAGAAUAGAAGAAGCUUAUUCUGGUAAGAUUAAAGUCGACGGAAUUGAUAUUUCAACAAUUCCAUUGGACAUUUUGAGGAAGAGGAUGUGCAUUAUGCCACAAGAAGCAACACUCUUUAGUGGAACUGUGAGAGACAACUUAGACCCAUGGAACCAAAUGGAAGAUGAAAAGUUGAGGAAUGUACUAAAAAUGGUUGAAUCAACAAAUGACCUUGGAGACGAAGUGACUGAAGGUGGAGACAACUUUUCUUUGGGACAGAAACAACUUAUUUGUCUGGCGCGAGCACUUUUGAAAGGUUCAAAAAUUUUGAUCAUGGAUGAAGCUACUGCAAAUAUCGACAUUCAAACAGACAAAAACAUCCAGGAAAUGGUCAGAAGAAACUUUGAGGAUAUCACAGUGAUUACUGUUGCACACAGAUUACAAACUAUCAUGGACGCAAAUAAGGUGAUGGUUUUCGAUAAAGGAAAAUUAAAGGAAAUGGACGCCCCAAUCAACUUGAUUGAAGACGAAAAGUCGAUAUUUAGCGGACUUGUGCAACAAUCUGGGUGCGCAGACGAACUCAAAAGAAUUGCGAAGGGAUCAUUCAAAGAAAACAUGGACAAUUCUUCAAAUGAAGAAAAGAGUGGUUCGUUAAGCCCACAAAUCGAGGUCAAUUUAUUGGCUACCGACUCUACUAGAGCAUCACCAAUCCAAUUCCAGGAAACGGUUGGUAGAAAUCAAUCGGAACAAGAAUUACUGAAUAAUCCUAAUCUUGCAAAAUCGGCAGAUUCACCACCGUCGACUGAUUAA